CUUGUAAUGGAAAGUUGGUAGACCCUAAAACUAAAUUAGCCUAUUCUAAAAAAAGUAUUGUGCCUAUUGUACCUCGAAGGAAAAUUAAAGAAUCGACUAAUCCAUUUCUAUCUGUUACUCCAUUAUUUUCUUUGGAAGAUCUUAUGGAUAUUAGUGAUAAAGAACCACAAAAGUC